UCUUCCGUGAGUUGAAAAACGUUUCUAUACUGUAUGGUAAACAGGAAUCGGACCUCUACUAUUACACCAUAUAGGUACUAUAAGUAGGAAGAGUUUGGUUUUGAUGAUAAUCUCUAAUGUGUCAAGAUUUACGGUUCUAUCGUACAUAUUAAGACGGAAAAUCGGACGUGACCUAAACGUUGAAUACCGGGCUAAGCACAUUGGCUUAACUGCAACAUCCGCAAGGCAUAAACAGACAAACUGUCGAACAAACCGAAAACGCAUGACAACAUGCAUAGAGUUUCCAUAAUUGAUACAGAAAAAGAAACAUUGGUUCGGGGGAAUCUAGCAUUAAUCUACGAAAAAACAGUUUAUACAUUAUAUUUAUCAGUACAGAUAACGCGUCACACAGGUUUGAAAUCCGGCAACGGUUUAAAAUAAAUUUCCGGCGGGCUACGCGCAAUUAGCGACCGACGCAUUCCAGCCCACAUCAUUCGUGAUAAGAAUACCGGGACCACAUGAUCGUUCCGAUUCUGGAUUUCUAUAAUACAGACCGUCGACUACAGCCAAUGGAUCGACAUCCCGACGCAACGUCUCCAUCUAAACAAACGAAGACACUGACUUAUUUUUGUCAAUAUUUACAAAUUCCUCUGUUUCUUAACAGAGGGUGCAAAACUUUGGAACUAUCAAACUGCGAAUUCGAGUGGUUUAAUUGUUUGCCAGUAGUGAGUUGCCACCAGUUGUCAACUUGCGCAACACUUGAACGCAUUGAAACGUGUUUGCGGUUUUCACAACCCAAGCGCCGCAGUUAAGCCGUUGGGUAUUUUAAUCACCACAGAGACGAGCGUCGUAUUUCAAACGGUGUGCACCGCGGGACGAAUAUAAACAUUGCGCGAUUUCCGUAUCAGGGUGUCCGAUUCCAGUAAAAUAUUCCUUAUCGUUGACCGACGCACGUCUCGUAAUCGCACUGGAUUCGCGGACAACAGUUUCUCUAAGGAUAGGCGUGACGGCCGGUGAGAAUCGUGUGGGCAAAACGCGGAAAAAGUAACAGAACGAUAAUACAUCGCUGCAUGGGUAAUAGCACAAGACGUUCUCCUUCGGCGUGGCGAUCGCUUGUCGCUCGAGGUUAGUAACCCAGUUCCGCGCCGUUCUCCGGCUGAGCAGCAGCAGCGAAUUGCGCGCGUGUGAUACAGAGUGUCAGUGUGAUUCGAUUAUACCGGCGGGAAGGCGAUUGACAUCAGGGAAGACCGACAUCUGCACGAAGGGUGGACUCGAAAUGGGGCACGACAAUGACAUUGAGGAGCUGAUGUUGCACAUGGGAGACUUCGGCCGAUACCAAGCAUGGCAGUUCUUCCUCCACGUGAUCUCCGGACUGACCGCCGGCAUACACAUGAUGAGCCUCGUGAUGGUGGCCGCGGUGCCCGAUCAUCGCUGCGCGAUACCCGGCAUCGACACCGAGAACUUUACCGCCCCCUGGAACAGCACUGAGGUACUCGAGGCCAUCCCGAAGAAGUCCGAUGGUGUCCUCCACAACUGCCUGAUCUUCGUACCUGGCAGAAACCUCACCGUAGAGUGCGACUCCUGGGUCUACGACAGGACCUACUACCAGUCCUCGCGAGCCAUUGAGUGGGACCUUGUCUGCUCCCAGCGAUGGAUGGGAGCGCUGUCCCAGUGCGCGUACAUGCUCGGCGUCUUCGCCGGGGCUGUAUGCCUCGGCACAAUGGCCGACAAGUACGGCAGAAAGAUUAUUUUUUACGUAUCGGCGGUCGCGCAACUCGUUUUCGGCGUGACGGUCGCCCUCAUUCCGGAGUACUACACCUUCCUCGUUGUCAGGUUUCUCUACGGUAUAUUCGGCUCGGCCGGUGCCUACAUAACCGGGUUCGUACUGACUAUGGAGAUCGUCGGUCCCUCGAAACGGACGAUAUGUGGCGUGGCUUUUCAGGCGAUCUUUGCCCUAGGCGUCAUGCUCGUCGCGGCCUGGGGAUCCUUGAUCAAGGACAGGAUGUGGCUGCAAAUCGUCUACGGUCUCCACAGCGUACUUCUGAUCGGGCACUGGUGGCUCAUCGACGAGUCUCCGCGGUGGUUGUGGGCUCAAGGACGGGUGAAGGAGGCCGUCGCGAUAAUAGAGCGGGGGCUUCGGAUGAACGGAAACAACGUGGACAUCGACGUGGCGCGCUACGUCUCCCGAGCGAAAGCAUCUCAGAGGACGAAGGAGGAGCGGGAAUGCGGAGUCCUGGACUUGUUCAGAACCCCGAACCUCCGCAAGAAGUCGCUCAACAUAUGUCUGAACUGGUUCGCCAACUCGAUAGCUUACUACGGACUGUCCCUGACCACCGGGAACCUUCUGGGGAACCCGUUCCUCAUGCUGUUUCUCUCGGGUCUCGUCGAGAUCCCGAGUUACGCGAUGAUCGUCAACCUGAUGGACCGGACCGGACGGCGAAGUCUGGUCAGCACCUUGAUGAUCCUUGGUGGUGUUUGCUCGAUAGUGGCACCGUACAUCCCGCGGGACGUCAACGGCGGUGCGUUUGUCGUGGUCGUCGGGAUGCUCGGGAAGUUCCUGAUCGCCGGCUCCUUUGCCAUCACCUACAACUAUUCCGCGGAACUGUUUCCCACGGUCCUAAGGAACACGGCGCUCGGUGUCGGCUCAAUGAGCGCUCGUGUGAGUGGCGCCAUGACGCCGAUGAUCAUACUUCUCGACAGCCUCGACCCUAGAGUACCGUCGGUCAUCUUUGGCUGCCUCGUUCUCGUCUCCGGAUUCCUGGCGCUCUAUCUCCCGGAGACGCUGGACCAGCCGAUGCCUCAGACUUUGGAGGAUGGCGAGACCUUUGGGGUCGGCGACACAUGCUUCACCACGUGUUUCGGCUCUCGUUCCCGGGACAAGACGACCUAUGACGUUGCGCUUCAAGAUUCGGACUACAAGGAGAGCAGCAAGGACAACGCUGCGUAAUAUGGCGAACCGGAUUACGGCGCAUAAUGUUCGCUGCAACACGCGGAAAAUCAACGAUGCCCGCGAAAAUUUGAUCGCAUUAUUAUUGUCAAUCUGCAAUCUGGGCGCGAAAAUCAUGGUAAUCGGUGUUUAUGCUGCUCUGUGUGUCGCCGGGAACGUUACCAGUGAAUCUCGUAUGCACGGAUUACCGACAAAGUAAUCUAAAAGAAACCUGCGACAAAGUGACCUGGUCAAAAAUAACCGUUACAUAUAUAACCUACAAAUAGGAAGAAAAUGGUAAAUCAGAUACGGUAAUAAUAUUUAUAGACACCUUCCACGUUUUUCGUACGGGAUGGUGUGUUGUGAUUUCGGUUAUGCCCCUGUCAUACGGCCGCCGAGCUUAUUCUAAACUGGGAUAUUUAACUUAGGAUAUAUUAUUGCAUGUUACUAUUUGCACGUUAUAUCGUCGCAUACGCGUAUAAAUGCAUAUCUUCAUACAAUAAAUAACCAGUCCAUGCACAUGUGCUGUUUGCGUCCGGAAACGCAUUGUGUAUAUUUCAUUAUUUUUCAGUAAGUCAGCGAACCAGCGACGAGGUCGGUGUUCUGCAAGCUAUUUACAUAUAUGUAUAUACAAUCCGAUGGACUAUAAUAAGCAAGUGAAAGAAAGAGCUUCAACAACGACUUUACAUCGCGUGAUGAUUCUAACGAUAAAACGCGUUCGAUUUCGUACUUUUUCUGAGGUUAUCAUGUUUGAAUAAUAAUCGUUGCUUUUAUAACGAGCGCCUCUUGCGCGUUAUGAUCGAUAUAGAAAUAUAUUUAUAUACAUACAUAUUUACACGUGUAUCCAUUUGCCAAUAUGAUGUAUAUAUAUAUGUAUAUCUACAACGGUAAAGGCAAUGGACUAUGCUAAAGGUGGUUUUAUUUUAAGUAUAAUGGUGCACCACAAACUCAUAUGAGUGAAUACCUUUAUUCUGCUAGUUUAUUUUUCGUUAGAGUGAUCAGUGUCGUGCGAAAGUUGAUUACUUGAUUCGGGUCUUUCAUUUAUACAGGUCUAUUAUAAUUAACAAUUCCACCCACGUUCUCAUCUGUAUACAUACCUAUAUAAUGGAUUAGUAUAGUCAGAAUUGCGCAACUGCCAUAAUUUUACAUAAGUAGGGUUACGGCAUGUAAAAAGGAAAUAAAUUAAAGAUUCACAAGCAAUGUGAAUUAUCUUAUUAAUCUUUCGUCAUACUCCAUCUAUGUGCAUGCCGUUUGUACUCAUAUUGAACACUGAGAUUCUCAGUCAUACUUUUUGUCGCGUUAUCUUGGGUCUUACUUUUACGAUUUACAUAUAUCACAUGUUUCUGUAUCUACGAUUGUUAAAAAAAAAAAAAAAUAAUUCAUGUUAUCUAUUGCUGCAGUGAUAUUGGACAUUCAAGAAUUAUGUAAACAAAUAAA